GGCCUUAUUAGCUUCUAAAAACUUUUAAACGCGUUCAUUAGAGAUGCAAUAAUUGCAGUUAACGGAGCCAUUACGAUAAUUAAGCGGUCGGGGUUUAUUAAAAAUAAAAAAAAUAAAACGUUCUGGAACCGUACGAGUAGCGCUUUCCACGUCGUCGACACCGAUCGAUGUGAACCGAGAAAAAGUGCAAGUGAAGUGUACCUAAUGAAUUAGUUGAUAAUUAUUUUUAAACUCUGCGUACAGCGAAAUACAAUUUUUCACCUAAUUUCUCUGAUGCGCCGUUUAUUGUUUUAUUGUAUCGAACAAAUCGGCUUGAUGGUUAAAUAGAGUUCUCUCGAUUCCCUCCGUUCAAUUAAAUCGUCCCAUUGUGCAUCCGUUCGUUUCAUCGCGAAAGACUUUGAUGCCUUCGGAAUACGCUCAUUAAAACCAAUUAAUUGGCUCCGUCCUCCUAAGCCGUUUGAAAAGAAAAUCGAUGCGAAUCCUUUAAACAAUGCUCGAUGGGGGAUGAGUUUGCUUCCCGUCCAUACAGAAGGAUGCAACUUGUGCUCUAGGAUCAAGGUCCUGCUAUUUUCCAUCAUGGGAUUAUCUUGUCUGCUCGAAGAUGAAUGUGGCCAGAGCGGAGGCGAGGCCGACAGUGACGAGGACGUCAUCACCGACUAUCACAUUCCGGCGGUGGAGAUGCUGCCCCGGCCGGGCGCCGGCGGUCCGCUGCCCACCAUCAGCGUGACGCCGCACUCGCCCGCCAACAAGACCUAUCCCGUGCUCGAGGACACCUUGCAACAGGUGCGGGAGCUCCACGAGAGCGUGCAGCACAUGCGGAACGUCUCCGUGCAGGGUUCAUACGGGUCGCACUCGAGGGACUUCGCUGCCUUCGCGCUCAAUCCAUUUCUGGCCCAAGUGGCGCGAUUGAGCUCGAGCUGUCCGGCCCUGAACGAGGCGAACCUCGAUUUGGACGCCGCCAGCGGCUCGUUGGGAUCAUCGCCGUUGCACCAACCGCCCAGCAGGAAAGGCAGCGCCGCUCAAGAUUGGUUGUGCCAACCGGAGCCGCAGAGAAGGCGAUCAUGGACCGCUCUGGAGGAUCUCACCGGAAACAAGGACAAGAUCAAACAGACGCGCCAAAGGAGCAUAUCGCUGAGCAGCAUGGAGUCCGAGGCGGACGAAUCCUCUUUGGUGGACAACGUGGACGGGAGCACCGUGAGGCUGUUGGGGCCCGAAGCUCCCGUCGUGAUCAGGCAUCGGGGAUCCCGAGGAACGGGCGGAGGGGCCAGCACGCACUCCCUAAACGAGGCCGAUUUGCAGAACGAUUUCAACAAGCUGAAGGCGAAACGGGAGGCCGAACAGCGGCUGUUGCCGGCUAGGUUGCCGUUGCAAAAGUCGAUUUCGACGCCGUCGAUAAUAGCCGUGAGAGAUUUGGCGCCGGAGCCGGUGCUGGCUGGCGCCCAGCCCACUCUGCCCAUCUUGGUGUCUAGGGGCCGACCGAGCGGGACCGAGAGCGAAACUGAAGAGGAAGGUAGCCGAUUGGGACACGCGCAUUUCGAUCCGCAUUCGAUUGCACUUUUGCACCACGUCUCUUACGACCGGCAUUCCGAGAAACGAAGGAAACGGGGGAGUUUGUUUUUCCGAAAAAAGAAGGACAAAUCGAAGAAAUUACCGCACCAGUGGGUCUCUGGUAGCUACGGUAAUUCCCAUACAUGUGAUUUCUGCACCAAAUCGUUAAGCAAUAAACCCGCUCUUUAUUGUGAAAGCUGCGGCAUGACUGUACAUCAAAACACCUGCAAGGACAACAUUCAGGAGUGCGUUAAAAUAAAAAACGUUAAGAGCGCUGGCAAAUUGUCGGGAUUCGCGGUGCCGUUGCAGAACGCGAAAAACUCGAUUUCGAAGCGCGGAUCCGCCUCUCUGCCGUCGCAGAACAACUCCAAUAGCCAAAUACUUUACGAUGACAAGGACAACUCCCACGGGCAGCACGACUCCGCCAACUAUCCCGACGACGUCCCGAUCGUUCCCUUGGAGUUUCUCUCGGACUCCCCCCUAACGGCCGUAGAUCUCUGCUCCGACUACACCUUGGGGCUGCACGAGACCGAACCGGACUCCUGGUCCCCCUACGUGGGCAAGGACAUCUCCCGCAAACUCAAGGAGAAGGAGGUCAAGCGACAGGAGCACAUCUACGAGUUCAUCCUCACCGAGAAGCACCAUUGCAUGACCCUCCUGGUCAUGCAGAAGAUAUUCGUGGACGGUUUGCACAAGUACUUCCAGCUGGGUCCGAACUUGGAGAGGAUGUUUCCCAGAUUGGUGGACCUCACCGAGUUGCACUUGGGCUUCCUGGCGAGGCUGCGGCAACGCCAGCGCGAGAAUCCCAUCGUGUCCUCCAUAGCCGACAUUUUGUUGGAAACCUUCUCGAACAGCCACGCCGCCAAGUUGAAAUCGGCUUACGGCGAGUUUUGCAGCAGGCAUCGCGACGCCGUGGAGAUAUACAAGUACUACCUGCAGAACGACCAGCGUUUCGGCGAGUUCGUGAGGCACUGCCAGACGAACCCGCUGCUGAAGAAGAAGGGCAUACCGGAGUGCAUACUGUUCGUGACGCAGCGCCUGACGAAGUACCCGCUGUUGAUCGAGCCGCUGAUCAAGACGAGCAAGGAGAACAAGCAGGAGCAGGAGGCGCUGCAGAGGGCGCUGGCGCUGGUGAAGGAGAUCCUGGUGGAGGUGGACGCGCAGGUGGCCGAAAAGGAGAAGGAGGACAGGAAGCUGGAGAUCUACAACAGGAUCGACGCGAAAUCGAGCACCGUGUACAGGGGGCAGAAGUUCAGGAAGUCGGACAUCCUGCAGGGCAAUCGGUCGCUGAAAUUCGAAGGGGUGGCGAUGCUGAUGCAGGGCAGGGGGAAGAUGCAGGUGGUCCUGGUCAUCGUGCUGUCGGACGUUUUGUUUUUCUUGCAAGAAAAUUCGCAUAAAUACACGUUUUUCACUCCAGUAAGUAAAACCGGCGUAGUUUCCCUUCAGAAACUUCUAGUGAGAGAAAUAGCAGGCCAGGAUUCCAGAGGGAUUUAUUUAAUUUCUUCAGAUCCUGCUGAUCCCGAGAUGUUCGAACUGAAAGUGCACAAACCUAAAGACAAGCAAAUCUGGAUACAAGCAAUAAGGGAGGCUGUGCAAUCGUGCCCGGAGGACGAAGAGGACAAUAUAGCCUUGAGUACGGAGGAAAAGCAGACUCUAAUUAACGCCAAGCAGAAUCAAGUACGCCAAUUAAUCGGUCAAUUGCGCCAGAAGGACAUCGAACAGGCGCUGCUGUUGGAAGAGAAAAUGUCCCUGCAACUGCGCCUCCUGGCCGCCGCCGGCCUCGAACCGCCGUCGCCGCCCUCCUACAGCCACCUGGUGCGCGACAACAUCGACACCAACCAGAUGUGGAAGGAAGUCCUGACGGCCGUCCAGGAGGUGAGCCACCUGGCGAGCUCGCUGUACACGACGGGCACGAACCUGUCGAGGAGCGUCAGCUCGGCGGGCGAGCACCAGAGCGACACCUACGUGUCGCCGUUGCUGCCCAAACGCGCCGAAACGUUCGGCGGCUUCGACAACAACCAGCCGCCGUUGAAGCUGCUCGGCAAGAAGCCGCCGCCGGCGGGGGCCGCGGGCGCCCAGCCCGGCACGCCGGACUUCGACAACCUCAAGCCCGGCGAUUCCAGACUAUUUGAACGGUUGCCUUAUAGAAAUUGUGUGAUAACAGCAGGGCCUUUGACUAAUGGUAAUAUACUAAAUGUAAAUAGCGAAUCUUCGAAUCAACAGCAGCAACAGCAGCAGCAGCUCGGCGGCGCCCCCGACGGCCCGGCGUUGCUUUCACUGGGAAGAGAACAGCAAUACGCGGCAAUACAAUUGUCGCACUACGUGUACACGUUGCUGUGCAUCAUAUCUCAGCUGAUGACCACCAACGAAAGCCUGCAAGCUCAGAUAAUGACGCUGAGAGGCGGCGCGGAUUCGAAGCAGUACCGGCACAACCAGCAAUUGGAGGAGCUGAGGAAUCUGCAGGAUAAAUUGAGCGGCGAAAAGGCGGCGUGGAACGCUCUCAAGGAGCAGGAGACCAAAGAGUUGGAUGAGAAGAAAACCGAGCUACUCAGAUUGCAGGAACAAAUUCGAGCCGAGCAAGAGGACAUCGCCCAGCAGCGGGAGCAGCUGUUCAGGAAAAUGGAGAUGCUCACCAACAAGGGCCUGCUGGGCAACGUGCCCAUCAUGGCCGAAGACAGCAGCAAGGACACGUCGGAGGACAGCAGCCCGCAAUCGGACUCAUCGUCGGCGAUGAGCUCGAGCGCCUCCGGCACCGGCUUGGCGCACUCCGCCUCGUCCGUCGAUCGCAGGAAAGACUCCAAAUGGGGCAAGGGCGGCUCGCAGGUGAAGCAACAGCUGCCGCUCAACCUGAUAUCGGCCACCAACGAGCAGAAGGUGUCGCAGAACGUGCACAUCAGACAGCAGAUACCGCUGAAGCUGGUGUCCAAAUUGACCGGCGACGCGGCGAAAGCGGGCGCCGGCGGCGGCGUGCAGCAGAUGCUGCCGUUGAAGCUGAGUCAGGACGAGAAGGUGCGCCGGACCAGCACGUCGGGCUACCAGCGAUUGGGCUCCGACAACAGCUUCAGCCCGCCGUCCGGAGACACCACGCCGACGAUCGGGCCGCAAGCGCACGCGCACUCGCACAGCCGGACGGGGUCCAGUCCGGCGAUGAUGCAGAACUCGCCGCCGAAUUCGGCGCCGCCGAGCCAGUGCCAGAGCCCGGGCGGCGGCGGCGGCGGGGCGAAGGCGACGCGCACGCACACCUACCCGAAGCUGCCGGACAAGUUCAAGGUGAGGAACGAGCAACAGCCGCCCGCCGACGAGGAGGUGAUAUAUUUCUGA